AUGAGGCAGAACAAUCGAUCGAGACCAACCCCGACUCCACUUCGUCUAACCCCAUCCUGGACCAAGACGUUCCUCGAGAACCAAACGAGCCUAGGUUUUUCCAACCGUCUCGAAGGCGCCCAUGCCAUCGGUAUGCACGGCAUAGCCGGCGCCCUCACCAUCGCCGCACCAAUGCAGAGUUUCUGUCUCGCGAUGACCCACCAUGCACAGUUUCAACACAUCCUUCACGAAGAGAUCGACCGCGUUGUUGGGGAUAGUAUGCCGACGCUCGCUGAUGUGCCCAACAUGCCAGUCCUCCGCGCCUUUAUUCGUGAGACACUUCGAUGGAGACCUCUUAUACCAACUGGGAUCCCUCAUGCAUUGGAAGAUGAUGAUGUGUAUGAGGGGUACCAUAUACCAAAAGGAACCGUGGUUCAUCCUCUGGAGUGGUCAAUCUCCAGAGAUCCGAAGGUAUUCCCACAGCCAGAAGAGUGGAAUCCUAUGAGGUGGUUAGAGGAGCAGUAUCCAACUUAUCGGAAACCUUUGACAACACAUCCCACCAUUACGCAGUAG